AGAACAUAAAGGAGGAGCGCGAUGUAGAGUCAUGGGCUUUUGGCUCUCGCUGUCUACAGACAACUCCAACCGAACAGCAAAUACAGGCAACUGCAUUUGAGGUGAAAAGGCUACUGAUUGCCGGAAAGCAGAAAGAGGCUUUACGGGCUGCUCAAGGCGGGCAACUUUGGGGAUGUGCUCUUCUUAUGGCCCGGCAGCUGGGAGAGAAGUUCUACACCGACACUAUAGCGGAGAUGGCUCAACGUCAGUUUCAACCAGGGUUUCCCCUCCGGGCUCUAACUCUUCUUUGUGCUGGUCAACAUGCCGGAGUGUUCGUAGGGAACACUAAUUCGUCGAACGUAACAGCUCUUCAACCUCAACCGGUUCCAGCGUCUCUGGAGACAUCGAGAUGAGGUAUAUACAUGGUCACACGUUGAGAUAUGUGGAGCCCAUAUUUGCUAUCUUCUUGCAUUUUGAGCCUUUCUCCCCUUGUGCCAGACUUUGUCUUAUAGGUGCCGACGAUUGUAAGUAUCCACGCACGUACGCUAGUCCAGAAGCUAUCCAGGUAAGCCGUGUUUGUCCUCAAUAACAAUUGUUAACCUUUUCUUCAUCAGCGAAUGGAAGUGUACGAAUUUGCAAGAGUGACCGGCAAUUCCCAGUUUAUUUUACCUCCUUUUCAGCCAUACAAGCUUAUUUAUGCGUCGAUGCUUGCUGAAGCUGGAAAGAUAAACGAAGCUUUAAGGUAUUGGAAAACAUUGAAAACAGCGGGCCAUGCAGCUGAUAUGUGCAAAGAAGCGGCUGUAGCCUUGGAAAAGCGUCUUCGUAUCCACUCUCAGGUUUGUAAGCGGACACUCGGCUUUUAUACUCACUUUCCUACGGUUUUUUGGCAAUAUUGAUCUACACAAGAUGAUCCCAAAAGCUUCCGAUAAUGCUGAUAUUAAUAACUGUCCUGCAACAGCUUCUAGCAGAAGCAGUGUAUACUUGCCUCAUCGGCAUCAAUGGAACCCAUAAGUGAUAAUACGAAAAGAUCCAACAUGCCAGCGAGAAGCAUUUCUGAGCCUGACUUUAGGCCUGCACAGAUCGUUAGUCCAGCAAAAGGAACGCCAAACAGAGGCGUCUUUACUUCUUUCGUGCAAAGAGCGAUGGGCUUCAUAAAAACACCUUCGAAGGAGGCAAAGCUUGGUGACAGCAACAAGUUUAGAUACGACGAGACACUGAAGCGCUGGGUUGAAGAAGGAGCCGAGGCACAAGCGCCAGACCUUCCGUUGGCUCCUCCUCCCACGGCAAACAAGCUCGUCUCGCGCGUGGAGGAGAACGGCGCUCCUAUUUCCAUGUCUCCGGAGAGACCACAGCCAACUCCAGAAAGGGCGCAACCGGUUGUGAGUGGAAUCCCACCAAUGCCUCCGAGCAGUAACCAGUACGCAGCUCGCGCACGUCAAAACGUUAGAUCAAGAUAUGUCGAUACAUUCAACAAAGGUAGCGUAACACCAUCCAAGACAUCAUCGGACUCUCCUCCACUGUUUGGCGUGGUGCCAAAGGCAAGCGCAAAGCCUUUGGCUCCAGCGAGAUUUUUCGUGCCUGCGGCCGCUGCUGCCGCUGCUCCAGAUAUCAACAGCAACCAUUCGGUGGAUCCUUCCUCGGCACCGGCCUUUGUCUCCGACACGGCGUUCUCAAACGGGAAUGGAGCAUUCGCUCAGCCGGUUGUACAGGAUAUGAGAAACGAUCCGGGGCCAACACCUGAUCAUCUCUCGAGCAGCUCUUCGCCAGCAAUGUUCUAUUCGAAUCACUAUCCAGCAGCACCGUCGACCGUCUCGUUGCCGCCACCUCCAGCUCUGGAAGUCACUCCACAGUGAUGGUCGAGCAGCAGCAGCAAAACCAACACCAGGAAAGUUCGAUUCAUCGGCACCACCAUCAACAGUCCGGCACAGUGGGAUUCGAAGCUGCCAGUUCCUCCGGAGUGUUUGGAGACGACUUGCAAGAGGUGGAAUUGUAAAUCACACUCCACAAGUAAGUAGUGUUGCUGGGUGGAUUUUGGUAGAGCAGUGUAGCGAAGUAGUAGUCGUGGAAGGAGGAAUUUUUUUUGGCUAGGGUGAUUCUUUGGAGCCACGAGCGAAGCGCGGAAGCUCCUUAAAGUUGCUAGAGAAAGGAAACUCUAACAAAUAAAAGCAAAGGCCUUGUGAUGAA